CAAUUUGGCAAGAUGGAGGAUGUUCGUGUUAGACGCGUUGUGCAAACGGAGGAUUUAUCAAACGUCGAAUUUGAGACCAGCGAAGAUGUGGAAGUCCUACCGACUUUCGACAGCAUGGGCUUACGAGAGGAACUUUUGCGGGGGAUAUAUGCUUAUGGAUUCGAAAAGCCGUCUGCAAUACAGCAGAGGUCAAUAAAACCCAUUGUGAAAGGAAGAGAUGUGAUUGCACAAGCCCAAUCUGGUACUGGUAAAACAGCAACAUUUUCUAUAGCUAUUCUGCAGUCUUUGGAUACAACAGUUCGUGAAAGUCAGGUGUUGUGUUUGUCACCUACUCGUGAACUCGCUACACAAAUCCAAAAGGUAAUCCUUGCCUUAGGAGACUUCAUGAAUGUUCAGUGCCAUGCUUGCAUUGGUGGCACAAACCUUGGAGAAGAUAUCAGGAAACUCGAUUAUGGACAACAUGUAGUCUCAGGAACACCUGGAAGAGUUUUUGACAUGAUUAGACGCAGAGUCUUGAGGACUAGGUCUAUCAAAAUGCUUGUGCUGGAUGAAGCUGAUGAAAUGUUGAACAAAGGUUUCAAGGAACAGAUCUAUGAUGUGUACCGUUACCUUCCUCCAGCAACACAGGUUGUUCUAAUUUCUGCCACUCUUCCACAUGAGAUACUGGAAAUGACAAGCAAAUUUAUGACAGACCCCAUUAGAAUCUUGGUGAAACGUGAUGAAUUGACACUGGAAGGAAUAAAGCAGUUCUUUGUGGCAGUGGAACGUGAGGAGUGGAAGUUUGACACACUGUGUGAUCUUUAUGACACAUUGACCAUUACACAGGCUGUUAUAUUUUGCAACACAAAGAGGAAGGUUGACUGGUUGACAGAAAAGAUGAGAGAAGCCAAUUUCACAGUUAGCUCAAUGCAUGGAGAUAUGCCACAGAAGGAACGAGAUGCCAUAAUGAAAGAAUUUCGCUCAGGGCAGAGCCGUGUUCUCAUAACUACUGAUGUUUGGGCUCGUGGAAUUGAUGUGCAGCAGGUUUCCUUGGUUAUAAACUAUGAUUUACCAAACAAUCGUGAACUGUACAUCCACAGGAUUGGGCGAUCAGGUCGAUUUGGCAGGAAGGGUGUUGCCAUUAACUUUGUAAAGAGUGAUGACAUCAGGAUUCUCCGAGACAUUGAGCAGUACUACUCUACACAGAUUGAUGAAAUGCCAAUGAAUGUUGCCGACUUGAUCUGAUUUGCUGAACACAAAAGAACUUCUGUUCUUUUGGUUGAGAGAGAAGAUUCAUAUUACAUCAUCAUCAUCAUCAUCAUCAUCAUGGACAUUCACUAUUGAAACCAGCACUAAAUAUUUGUAUUACAUAUCUCUUCUCUGUAAUAUUAUAUUCAGUAUCACUAAGAAUCAACACUUUGUAUAUUGCACUUGAUUAGUACUAGCAAAUUAUAUACUUUAUCCAAGUCAUUCUUAGAAACAUUGGGUACAAUUACAGGGGACCUCUGUGAAAAAGAUCUUACUGUAACUAAGAUAUAAGGAGACUGCAUAAUUAUGUAAAAUAAGCAUGUAGGAAGGUACUCUAAAUAUGCAUGGCCUGUGUUCAUUGAUCUAUGGAAAUUGAUAGUAGAGGUUUUGUGUCUCUUGAGUUGGCCAUGCUUAUUUAAUGAAAGUGAUAUAAUUUCAUAUUUAUCUGGGGAAGAACAGGUUUGAACACCAAACAGAACUGCAAUGUAGGGAAUUUAUCAUACAUAAUGGAACUGGGGCUGUAUUCUGUGUGAGGGGAAACAAAUGGCUGUUCCACUCUGACUAUGUGUUAUGUAUGAACAUCCAUUAAAGUUUCAGCAGUGAUACAGUGAGAAAACUCAAAGACAGUUCUGUUUGAAUUUCUUUGUAAGAACCUGAUUAAGUUCAUUUGACUUGGAGAAAAUUUUAGGUAGGUAAAUUGUUGGUUAAAGGCUUAAAUUUGACAGUGGAGCAGGGAAACAGUGGUUACAAAACCCAGUACUGUGGUUGAAGCAAUCUUUUUCUAAGUUUGUGCAUCUGUUAUAUGCCCAGAAUUAGUUACUGGUACAUUUAUAUUUGUGUAAUUGUUCAACUUAGAUCCAUUAAAUCCAUUCCUUCAGCAGUGCUUUUAA